AUGGACGUAACACACAAUCGCAGCGUAAUCAGUGAUAAGAGAACUACUCCUUUGAAAGGCAAGGCCUCAGAUUUCAUCGUCAAUAUGGUGCUCAAGAAUGAGCGUAUUCUUCUUCGGGGUCAGAGUGACCGCUUCUUGAGUGCAAAUGAGCACAGGAAAGAUGUUUGGAAAACAAUUUCAAAGAAGCUUUUCGAAAAAUUCGACGUCGCACUGACCCCCAAACAAGUGCAACAGCACUUUAAUAAUAGGAAAAGAAAGGCGUUAUCGCUUGAAAUUAGAGAAAAAAAGUACCGCAAAAAAACAGGCGGAGGAAGAGAACUUGAAGAGGAAGCUAUUUUUAAGGAAGAAAAUGUUUCAAAGACAGAGUUUGAGUUGAAAAGCUACUACAACCAAAGAACAACGGCUCGGGGUCUUCCAAACGCGGACACAUUGAGAGUGAAUGAGUUCAUAAUCAUUUUGGUAUUUGGUAGGAAAGGAUGGCUGGUGGAUCUCGAAGUAAUGAAUCUUCCGCCUGCACAAGUUUGGAAAGUUUCAAUGUAA